AUGUUUAACUCGCCUUUAUAGUCUUCUAAUAGAAAUAUUAACGAUUCCAACUCUUAUGAUUAAGAUGCUAUUGAAAAUGAGUAUGACAAUAAAUCUAACUAAAGGUAAUAUUUUACAAUAAAAGAUAAUAAAUCAUAAUAACUACAUGAAGGAGAUUAAGGAUUAUCAGAAAAUAGCUUUCAAAUGAAUAUGUAUUGCUCGGUAUAGGAAUUAAAAAACUAAAGUACUAACAAUUAAUCUUUAGUAAAUGACAAUAAUUAAGAAAUUAAAGUCUAGUGUUUGAAUUAUUCAUUGGAAAGUAAGUCUAACGAUGACCAGUAGAAAUAAAUUAUGAGAAAUGAUUUACAAAUAUUUUAAAGUAAUACUGACAAUAAAAAUUAAUCAAAAUAGGUUUCUUAGUCAAUAAUCAAUGAGAGCUAGCUUUAGUAAGUAAACAGCAAUUAAAAUUCCCAAAAAAAUACUAUUUAACUAAAUGAGAAUGAAAAUGAAAAUGAUAAUUGGGAACAAAAAUAAAAAAUAGAAAGUAGAAGUAAUUAAAUUUGGUUUAACGAAGAGCUUAUUUAUGAAAAAGAUAAUAAAUGUUUAAGCAAAAAAAUGACGCUUGCUUUUAAUAAAUAAAAUAUUUUCGAAAAUAAUUUCUAAAAGGCUGCUAACAUAAUAAAUAAGCUGUUAAAUAAUUCCAUAAACAGAGUGAUGAGAAUCAAGUAGCAUGUUUAAAACUUUGUGAAAUUCUUAAAGCUGAGAAAAAGUAACAAGGACAUAAAUGAAUUAAAUGAGAAAGAUUUUAUUUUGAUUAAUGAUUUAAGCUAUUUUUACAAAAACCAGAGUUAUUUGGGAUUUGAGCUAGGUCGCAUUUACAUAUCUCUACCUAUAUAUUUAUUCUAUUUUCAUAUUUUUUGA